UUGCUUCGCAGUCUACUUCUGUGAACAAAUCGAACAUACCCUUUCACCACAAGGAAUUCUGGGAUAUUGUUAAAAAAUGGCGGAUGAAGUUGAACAGCAAACGACCACCAACACAGUGGAGGAGCCCCUGGAUCUGAUCCGGCUCAGUUUGGAUGAGAGGAUAUAUGUUAAGAUGCGAAACGACCGAGAACUCAGGGGCAGAUUGAAUGCCUACGAUCAGCACUUGAACAUGAUCUUGGGAGAUGUGGAGGAGACGGUGACAACAGUAGAGAUCGACGAGGAGACGUAUGAAGAAAUUUAUAAGUCAACUAAGAGGAACAUCCCCAUGUUGUUUGUGAGAGGUGACGGAGUUGUCUUGGUAGCUCCUCCACUCAGGGUGGGCUAGCAGCUCACCAUGUUCUGCUGCGUUCCUGGAUCCUGAAGGAUAAAAUGUUUUGUUGACAAAUCACAGAUAAUUAUUUAGUCGUUACAUUUUGUGAGUUUUGAAUGACCAAUGGUUUGAAGUUAAUGCAGAAGUAUUGUUUGGCCUUGUAUUUUAGUUGGAUCGCUGUGGGAAUUGUGUAAAACAUUGAUAUUCCCCCAUAAUAUUAAAUGCAUAAACCAAGGUAAUGGUUUAAUUCAGGAUUUAAAUUGUUCCAAAUACCACGUCCCUUCCCCAACAUUUUUAGUUUAAUUUAAUUUCACAAGCUCCACUGUACUGCACAGUAUUUUAAUUUCUGUCAAAGUUGUGCUCAUUUAUAUUUUUUGUAAUGAACAUGUGAACUAUGCUGAGACAAGAAAUGAUGUCCUCAGAUUCUCCAGUAUUCGUUUUGUUAUCAAAUUCAGUCUGAUGUUCACCUGAAUAAAAAAGUAAAACCAUGUUAAUAAAGCUCAGUCUUGACUAUUAA